AUGCCUCGACCUCGCCUGGCCCUGUCGUGGCUAACGCUCUUCUGGCCGUUGGGCGCAGCUGUCCGGUCCGAAAGGGAUGGACAUGCACCCGUUUCGCAGGAAGCACUUGCUCACGGAGCCGGCGGCGGUGCUUGCGACGUGCUGUGCCGUAGAGCUCUUCCUGAGCAAGACGAGCGCAUCAACCAAGCGAGAUUUUUCCUCCUGGCUGAAGAUGCUCGAAGAGUGGCAUGGAGACUUCAGGAGGGAACGAGAGUCAGCAUCCACUCGAGCGCAAGCUGCUUGGAUGAUGACUUCAUUGUGGACGCAGAGGCCGUUCCUUGGGUGGAUCGCGACGAGCCGAUCCAGCAUUCCAGCCUCGACAUUUUCAUAGACCCAGCCCGCUCGUUAGCUUGGCUCAGCCGUCAGAAAUCCGGCUACGUUUGCAUCGGGGGGAUGUUGCCAAAGAUGCAGCUUACCCCACGUAAAUCUUGCCUCUGCGAACUGGAGCUCUCCCUGCAGACUCGCAACUGGUUCCUCCUCUACAUCACGCGGCCGUUGCAUCGCUUCACGAGUGUGGCGGAGGUGCUGGUUGCGCUGGAGAGAAGGUGCCCAGCUGCCUGGAUCCCUGACACGCUGGCACUGGUCCUUGUGACCUUGGUGCUGGGCUGGCUGGUGGUCGUCGUCGAGUCCUGUUGGGCAGCCUGGCGAGAGCCUCGCGAGGAGCCCUGCGAGCAGGGAAGCCAGGACAAGGAUGUUGCAGUCGUGGUCUCUGCAUCCAUCUCAACACUGAAAUCUGGGUUCACCUCUGCCCUCGGGUUUGUAGCUGCCAUCAUCAGCAUCCAGACGCUGGCGGUUGCGAAGGUGGUGACAUCCAGCACGCCUGAGGAGCUUGUGUGGCUUCUGAUUGGCCUUGCCUUCGCCCUCAGCAUGUUUGGAGUUUACCGUAUCUUCCAGGUUCUCUGCAAAGUACAGCUGCUGCAAGCUUCCUUGGCCAGAAGGGUUUGGAUUCAGCAGCCUCCCAUGUCCUCAUGGUAUGAUGCGGCUCUCCUGGUUGGUGUGGCUCUUUACACCGGCCUCGUGGUGUGUUUAAUCAUGUCCAGUGCGGUGUCCAUUGCGGCGGCCGUUGGUGCAGGUAUGCUGGUGAUCUCUGCGAUGAUGUCUCCGAUCAUGAGCUUACUGAAGGUCAUGCAAAGUACCGUGCAGAUGGAGGCCGACUCCACGCAUCUGAAGAUGGAACCCGGUGGGCUUACGGAGAAGCAGACCACUACCAAGCAGCCUGAAGGUUCGAUUAGAGUCGAAGGAUGGGCUUUUAGCUCUUGGUCGGACUUGGUCCAGGCUGGCCGUGAAGGCCGGGACCUGUCGGCGAGGCAGCCUUGGUCCCAGGCAGAGGAGCUCGGAAGGAGCCAUAAGGAGCUGAGCUUCCUUCGAGAUCUCAUGUGGCAGCGUGCAGCUGUGAAGCGCCUGGCGGGAUCCUAUGCAGGCUUUCUGGUUCUCCCCAGCUUCGUCGCUGCGAUGGCCUUGGCUAUCGGAGCGACGGGUAUUCACAUGUCGAUGUAUGCGUGCUCCGUGGGGGAGCUUGACGGCUUGCAGCUUGCUGGCAUGAGCCAGGCCCUGGCCCACAUGCCAUCGCAGGACCGCCACACGCUGGCUUUAGAUGCCUCCUUCAAGCAGGUAGUUCUCCAAGCGAACGGGACUGACUACCUUGCCCGCGAGAUUCGGAUCCACCCUGGCCAAGAGGUGGGGUCCAGCUCCGCGAGUGCGCUUGUGGAGCUACACAACAUGACCAUUCCACGCAUCGCAGAGGUUGAAGUCUUUGGUCUUCGGCCAAGUCUUCCGGGCACCAUCUACUCAGUGCGCUUCGCACCAAAACAGAUGUUACCUCAGAAGUUGCUGAUCACCGAUAAAGAAGGUGCCAUCCUACACUGUUUUGCUUUCAGUGCGCUUCCGGGGAGCCAGCUUUCCAUCCCGAUCGAUGUCAGCAAGCUGAGAGUAGCGUUUCUCUUUGCAGACUACACGGUCGGGAUUCCCCUUGAGCAUGGACAGGGAGCUGGGAAUGGCUUUGAGUCGACUUGGACCGAGUUUGCUCCAGCAACGAACUCUUCUUGCAAGAGCCGGUGCCUCGGCUCCCCCCACUGCUUGUAUGCAUAUCGGGGCCACGUUGGCUGCUUCUUCGCCCAUCAUGACUACGAGCUCCAUGAGCAAAGGUGCGAGAUGCCAGAGAAGGACCCGUUGCAGUCACAUGGACCCUUCACCGCUUCACUGCGUGGCUGCACAUCUUCCCAGGAUGGCUCCGCAUGUGGGCCGCAAGUGUCCGUGCAACGGCACUCGGCUCACUUCGGUUUGGUUGAGCCGGCGUGGCGCGGGGAGGUCAUGGCCAACCUCGAGUUCAGCUUGGUUAUGCAGGGCUCAUGGCAAGACCUACCGAUUGUGAGCCAAGACAUAGCCCUGCGACGCGGCCGGCCGCAGGUGAUCGAUGUCUUGGUGAGCCUCACUGCGAUCACUCGCAAGAAUGAUCGUGUGGAAAUUCCCGCGGUUGGUAGAGUCGGGGAGACCGGCGACAUUACCCUCCAGAUUUCUGAGUACAACGUGACGAACAUCUCUUCCCUGGAGUUGGUCCUCGUCCCCAUCGUUCCAGACAGAAACUUCCAGGUGCGGUUUCUGCACGAAGAGGCCGGGACUGUAAAUGCUGCCCCAGAGCUGCUGCCGCACUUCAGGCAAUGCCAGGAGAGUGAGAUCCUGCUCCAACGCUAUCAGGCCUGUCGGAAGGAUGGAGGAACUGGUGAUUGGAACGCGACUUUCUUGAGACGGAAAUUUUUGCCAGCCUUUGGGGAUGCUGAGAUCUCCUUCGUAGUGGAGCUGAAGUCAGAGACCGUGUCUCCAGAGAGCAGAGAUCGGCACUGGGGCUCCAUGGAGAACCACAAGGUGAAGGCGCAGUUCUCCGAUGUGGACUCUCCGCUUGCUUGGGCCGCAAAGCAUCUCGGGUGCGACUUUUUCUCUGUCAAGCUCCACUUCCAGCUGGACACAAAUGUGUUUACCUCUACUGAUGCCACUUGCAUUGCCUUCCAAGCCUGCCGAAAGUCGCAGAAACGGUGCCCUCAACUCCCAAUGGCGUUGCUCCAGCUUGCCAGCGCCAAUUUGUUGAAACUCAUGGCAUGCUUGCAGAAGUGGUGUGAUUUCAGCCUGCCUGUGCCUGCUUGGGACUACAAGGCGGGGAGACUCACGCCCGCCAUCUACGUCAGCGAUCGCCAGAGGCAUUUCAGCCUCACUGAGUGGUUUGCUGAGGCAGUUCGCCUGGAAACCCAGCAUCUUCCGGGGCUAGAGCAGAUCCGUCAGAUCGCGCAGCAAGUUUUCAACACCACGGAUGGUCCUGAGGUUGAAUGGCUGCAACUUGCGCUGUCAACAGGAAGCCUCGAGCUAGUCCGCGAAGUCGUCCGGUCGUUGCCGCCAGGGUAUUUGGCAUCCAUCCGCAGGUCGCCCGGAAGCAAACGGCUGCUGGCCAGAGCAGUGUGGGAGGCAACCUCUCAGCACGAAGAAGAUCCUUCAUGGUGCGUUACUUGGCUGACCGGGUUGGGGGAGUUCGGGCGAAAUCUGACUGGCAGCGAAGCCGAAUGGAUCGAGACGCUGGCUAAAGUGGGCAUUGAGGAUCGCUACACGACGAAUGCUCAGGUGAUGGGCGACUUCCUCUCAAACUUUGCGCGUGCACUGUCGGCAGCUUCAUACCUGGACCUGAACCUGCACAGCGCAGCUGCCCUGGGCGAUGCGGCGCAAGUAGUUGCUCACAUGCCUGGAAUGGAAGUAUUGCACCUUCACAGCGACAACGCAAGAUUCACAAGGCACUUCCAGUGGCAUGUGGGCUUCAACCAGGCCUUCGUACACCUGAAGGAGCUUCGCCUUUUUGGCUGGGUUUUGGGAGCUGCAGAACUCAAGGCCAUGGCGGGAGUCCUGACGCAGGAGUUGGACCGUGUGGAGAUGUAUGGGCCAGGCGGAGCGGAGCCUCCCUUCCGCGCCGAGGAUUUCAGGCUGCUGAUGCCUGUUUGUGUCCAUCGCUUGCACAUAGGGCGAGUGCUCGAAACGGCGAGUGAUGCUCGGACGGUGGCCGCAGACAUCCGUAACACCGCGAUGCCAUGUUUGCGGAAGUUCUGCAGCGAAUGCAGGGCUGGCUCUGAGGCUUGCCGUGCUGUGGAAGAUGCAGUGGCUGCCAAGAAUGCCACGUAUGACAACGGCAACUCGUUUCAUUGCUUGUACUAUGCAUGA